GCGCGCGGGGCCCCAGUCGGAAGCGAGCUCUCAGAGAAGGAGGUUGGACGUUUGUAUACCCGUUCAGCGUGACUGGGAACGUUUUAUUUAGUAUUUUAUUGACCUAGUGUUAUAAUGAUCGUGAAGAGUGACGAGGAGACGAUAGAGAACGGCCGAGGAGAGGAGAUGAACGGCAUGUCUGGCUGUUCACCACUGAUGCACCUUCUAAGAAAAUGCAAUUCGUUCUUCAUGCAAGGUCUGGUCAGCGCGCAGGGGGAGUGCCGCCCCCUAGUGGUGUGCGGGCGUCAGGUGGGCGUGGUGCGGCCCGACGUGGCGAUGUGCCUGAUGGAGUACCCGCAGGUGUUCACGCCCUCGUCCGGAGCAUUCGUUCUUAAUCCACAGCUGGACACGUACGGCAAGCGGACCAGCGCCGUUGACCUGGUGCUGCGUGACCUCAGGAGUAAGGACGUACUGCGCGCGCUCCGGGGUUGGCGGGACGAGGCCUUCUGUGUGUGGGCAGACUUCGGGCAUGGGGAACCUUUGCUGGAAGUGGAGCGAUCAGCUGUCACUGCCUUGGGUAUCCGCGCCUUCGGUACCCACAUCACGGGGUACACACGGUCCCAAGAAGACGGGCUGCUGAGGAUAUGGGUACAGAAGCGGGCCCUGGACAAGCCUACGUACCCUGGCAUGAUGGAUUCGCUAGUGGGGGGCGGCAUCACGGCUGGACUUACCCCGAGGCAGGUCAUGCUGAAGGAGGCUCACGAGGAAGCUGGUAUCCCCGAGUCCCUUGCCAACACUGCGGCCUCUGUGGGAACUGUCUCGUUCUUCACGGAGUCGGAGCGCGGUCUUCACGCCAACACCGAGUUCGUCUACGAUUUGGAACUCCCGCCGGACUUCGUGCCUCGGAACAUGGAUGGCGAGGUGGACAGCUUUGAGGCCGUGACCGUAGAGGAAUUCCUCGCCCGUGUGACCUCUGCGAAGUACAAGUUGACCUCGGUACCAGUGGCUCUCGACUUCUUGGUUCGACGAGGUGUGGUCACGCCGGACACGGAGCCACAGUACCCCGCCCUUAUGGAACUGUUACACCUCCCCCUACACCACCUCUACACAACCUGGCCACAUCCCCAGCCACAUCCUAGCACCUCAGCCCUCGCAGCAACCCCGAUCUCAUCAUCUUCGUCUCCCGCAUCGAUCUCCACUUCGACUCCGCCUUCUUCUUCUGCGCCUUCUGCGGCCAACAACCUUUCCUCUCCUCUGUUAGUUAGUGAAGUUUAGUAAGGCUAGGUGUGUGUGUGUGUGUGUGUGUGUAUGUGAAUGCGUUUUGUAUUAGAAGUGAAGAAAGAGGGGGAGGAGGAAGAGGAGGAACAAAAAGGAGGGGAAGAACGUUAGAAGAAGGAGGAAGAUAAAUGAAAGAGAGAAAGAUAAGGAGGAGAAAGAAGACAGAAGAACAUGAGAAGAAGAAGAAGAAGAAGCAGAAGUAGAAGAAGAAAUGAAAUAAUUAAAGAAGACAUGAAAUGAAAAUAAAGAAAAGAAGAAACACAAAAUACGCAAAGAAGAAGAAAAAAAGGAAGAAAGAGAUAAAAAGAAGAAAAGGAAAAGGAGGGGAAAAAGAGGAAGAAAAAGAAAACCACAAAUAAGAAUGAGAAGGAAAGAAGGGAAAGAAGAAAAGGAAGGAGAGAAGGAAAACAAAACAAGAAGAAAAAGAAGAGGAGAAGGAGGAAUAUAAUUAAAGCACAAUAAUUAAUAGAAAGAAAAGCACAAAAAAAAAGAAUGAGAAGGAAAAUGCGACGAAAAAGGAAGAAUAUAAAGACAAGACUUACAGAUUUAAUCCUAAUCAAAUACUAAUUCUGUUUGUGUGUUCGUUCGUUCGUUCGUCGGUUGUGAACAGUGAUUUCUCGAACGUUGACAAAAGACCGAACGUUUGUAGAGAUUUUAAAACACAUGGAAUUAGAAUAAGAAUAUGCUUUUUAUUGUUAUUUUCUUCUUUUCUUCUAUUUCAAUUCGUCUUCUUCUUCCUCCUUCUCCUCCUCCUCCUACUCCUCCUCCUCCUCCUGCUACUACUACUACUGCUACUGCUACCAUUAAGUUUUACACAUAUAGUAUUUUUGUAUAGAUAUUUAAGUGAGAGAGAGAGAGAGAGAGAGAGAGAGAGAGAGAGAGAGAGAUAACCAUUCGUAUAUAUACAUAGAAAUCUUUUUAUCUAUAGUAUUAUAUUAUGCAGAUUAUGUAAAGAAUUUAUUAUAUAUAUACAGAUAGAGACGUGUGUGUGUGUGUGUGUGUGUGUGUGUGUGUGUGUGUGUGUGUGUGUGUGUGAGUGUGUCCAACUACACUAUCUCAAGUUGUAUUAAUAGAUUUAUCAUAACGGCAGGUUCCGAUAUACAGUAUUAUACCUACUACUACUACUACUACUACUACUACUAUAUGUAACUACCAUUUCUACUACUACUAUUACUACUACUACUACUACUAUAUGUAACUACCAUUUCUACUACUACUAUUACUACUACUACUACUACUUCAUCUAUUACUACUACUACUACUACAACUACUACUACUACUACUACUACUACAUAAACAGUUAAUGAGCUCUCUAUAAAUAUUAAUAUCAUUGCUGUUAGUGUUGUUGUUUGUUAAUGUCAUGUGUGUGUGUGUGUGUGUGUGUGUGUGUGUGUGUGUUACAAUGAACACAAAUACUAUUACGAGUUGGUUCCAAUUCUACUAUUAUUAUUAUUAUUAUUAUUUUUAUUAGUAUAGUCUAUUUUUAUAUGUAUACGAGAGAGAGAGAGAGAGAGAGAGAGAGAGAGAGAGAGAGAGAGAGAGAGAGAGAGAGAGAC